CGCCGGCGGGCAGGGAAGGCGCUUCCGGAGGCGGGAGGUCAUAGCGUGGAGCAGCGAACUGCUGCCCGUUGCUGUGGCGGUGGUAGAGGGGGAGCGGAGGGAGCGCCGGGGCGGCGGGGCGCCGGCGGGGUCAGUCUGCGCGCACGCUGCAGGGGAAAACACAGGACGGCUCCGCCAUGUCCUACUGCCGGCAAGAAGGAAAAGACAGAAUUAUAUUUGCGACCAAGGAGGACCAUGAGACGCCAAGCAGUGCUGAGCUGGUUGCAGAUGACCCAGAUGACCCUUACGAAGAACAAGGAUUGAUAUUGCCCAAUGGAGAUAUCAAUUGGAAUUGCCCAUGUCUGGGCGGAAUGGCUAGUGGUCCCUGUGGGGAACAGUUCAAGUCAGCCUUUUCUUGUUUCCACUAUAGCACAGAAGAAAUAAAGGGAUCAGACUGUGUGGACCAAUUCCGUGCCAUGCAGGAAUGCAUGCAAAAAUACCCAGAUCUUUACCCUCAAGAGGAUGAAAAUGAAGAAAAAGAGAAGUCAAGCAAAGAUUUGGAAGCUACUCCUUUAGAGGCUUCUGCUGCCAAAGAGGAGAAGGGAUCUAGCUAAUGAAGAUGCAAGGAGGCCAUUGUCUCCAUUUCUCAUUUUCAGAGACAUGGACUUCUGCAGUAUGUCUGUCUUUUGAGUCGUCAAGAAAUGUUUCAUCAUUGUUCUAUACACUGUAUCAUAGUAAAUAAUUUAUUGCUGAAGGAGAAAUCUCGGUACUACAGCCUUGCAAAUAAAUACAGAAAAAAGAACGAGUAUGUGUAUGUAUUGUGUAACCUGCUAUCAGACAGAGUUAAUGCUUUAACAGCUGGUUUUUACUCUCAAGUUUUCCUUGAGUUUUGACUUGAAUAAUGUCUUUAAAUAUGUAUAGAUUUCAACUAAAAUUCCACUAGCACACCAGGUCUGUCUUCAUUUCACUAUGUUCUGAUCAAUAGCUGCUCUUUUUUAAUGUAUUCUGUUCUAUUAAUAGAAAUUACAUUAAAUGAUUGUUUUUCCUUAAAGACUUUUUUUUUCCCAGAGUGAUACAGGACACUGAAAAUGGCCUAAAUCUAGAAUUUGUAAAAUAAUUUUGAAUGGUCUUAUUAGAUUAUGGUUGCAUUUUACUACCAGCAUCAGGUAAGGACUGUCUGAAAAAUGUUGAAAUGUGUAUCUCCUUUGAUAUCAUUUACUUACUGUGAUGGCUUUUGCAUUUUUAAACACAGAUGUGUUGUAUAACCAUUGAUAAAGAUGAAUGGAAAGAAUGUUGGUCACAGGCUUUAUUUUUUGCUCUAAAACCACAGGUUCUGGGAUCCUUUAGUUAGUACCUGCUCCUUUGGUGUAUAGACAGGCUCUUGUAAAAUACUUUGAGAAUACAAUGAAAAUGUUACCUGGUGUAAUGAUCUCAAAACGGAUACUGUGACUUAAGUGCAUAUUAAAAAGCAAAUACUUUUUACCUUCAUUGAAAA